AUGGCCGUCACAGGGGACUCGCUGUCCCCGGGCCCGACACCACACCCCCUCAAAAUAUUCGACACAGCAAGGAAACAAGACCGAUUCAUCUACGCCUGUGCGCCCAUGGUGCGCUACAGCAAGCUCGCCUUCAGACAGACGGCUCACCGAUACGGCACAGAUCUCUGUUGGACACCCAUGAUUCUGGCCAAAGAAUUUAACCGCAGCGAAUUUGCUCGAGACAGCGAUCUGACGAUAUCAACCACAGCGCCGCAGCCACCCACGAUCCUCCAAUUCGGGGCCAAUUCUCCCCUCGAGCUGGCACGCGCGUCCUCGCUCGCCGCCCCGUUCGUGUCCGGCGUAGACCUCAACUGCGGAUGCCCCCAGUCAUGGGCGUGCGCGGAAAGCCUCGGCGCCGCGCUCAUGGACCAAAGAGCCCUCGUGCGCGACAUGGUGAGCCAGGCGAGGCAGCGCCUACGCCACGACGGAUGGGCCGUCGGCACGGAGAGUGACAUGGACAGCCCCAACGGCCGCAGCGUCAGCGUCAAGAUUCGCGUCCACGCCGAUCUGAGGAGAACGGUAGACUUUCUCGACACCGUCGUCGGACACGCGCAGUUCCGCAACGUCGACUGGGUCACCAUCCACCCACGGACGCGGCACACGCCGUCCACGACGCCCAUCUUCACCGAGGCCCUCGAGAUGCUCGCGGACAAGUACGCGGACACGCUGCCGCUCCUCCUGUCGGGAGACGUCUUCGAUCUGUCUGCCCUGCCUGUGCGCGGCACGACGCCGACCGUCAAGGACGACGUCACGCCCCCGUCUGCGCCGAGGCCGAGCACGACUCGCCUGUCGGGCUUCAUGUCGGCGCGGGGCCUGCUCGCGAACCCGGCCCUGUUCGCGGGCCACGCGGCGUGUCCGUGGGAGGCCGUGGAAACGCUCAUGUGCAGGCUCGCCAGGGCGCCGCUGCCCUUCAAGCUGGCGCUGCAUCAUGUGCAGGAGAUGACAGGCCCGGGGAUGGGCCCCGACAAGAGGGCGCUGUUGAGCAAGAGGGAGAGGGCCCAGUUGAAUGCCUGCGAGAGCAUGCUUGACCUGGUGGAUUUCCUCGACGCAAAGCUGGAGGAGCAUACGGGGAGGCAGGGGAUGCGCAGGGAUCUAUGA